UGUGCACUCACUCAACUAACUACACACGUUCGCCACUGCACCUCACUCACUCACUCACCUUUACAUCAUUCAACUCCUCACGCUCUCACCACGACUCACCCCUCCCCGCCCCAGCCGUCAUCGCAAACAACACACACGUUUAGAGGGAAAGAGACGCAACAAGCAGGCAGACAGACAGCUCAACAUCAACGACAAACCCCGCCCGACCACCACCACCAUGGCCGACACGACAGCCGAGGACGACCGCGAGCGCCUCAAGUCGGCCCUCUGGUUCGCCGUCGGGCAAAUGGUCGACGAGGAGAGCAUGCGGCGCAACCUCAACGCCACGCCGCAGUUUAUCGGCGCCCUGACGGAGCUGGUCUGGACGCAGAUUGAAAACGUCGCCGUCGACCUCGAGUCCUUCUCCCGCCACGCCGGCCGCUCCACCGUCACCACCGACGACGUGCUCCUCCUCGCGCGCAAGAACCCGGACCUGCAGCAGCUCAUGGGCGACUACGUCGACCGCCUCAAGGCGACGGCGGGGACGGCGGAGACGACAAACAGCCGCCGUGGCGGCGGCGGUGCGCGGGCCGGCAGAGCGGGACGAGCGGGAGGAGGAAGGGGCGGUAGGACCGGCGGCGCGUAGGUGUGCGUGGUGUAGCCAGUAUUUCGAGCGGGCAUGACAGCGGACAGAGUGUGAAAAGGGAGGGAGGGGACAAGAAAGGACCCGUGGGAUGGAUGGUUGAGGGAAGGGAAGGGAAGGGAAGAAGGAUGAAGGGCGCGCGCACGAGAGAGAGGACAAAGGAGAGACAGGGAAGAGGGGACGAGAGAGCAAAGGACUGACCGUGUCAUCAUGCGCGCACUCGCCGCCGCCGCCAUGACGAUAUCUCAGCCUCUGCCCUUGGCUCAUCAUCCUCGUCCUCUUCAUCCUCCCCUCCCCUCCUACGGACCACACCAGCCCUCAGAUAAUGAAGUCACGAAAGCAAAAAAGUCACCACCACCACAUUCAAACACCAGCUCAUCCUGGCCAUAGUACUCAC